AUGAGCGAACAGACGUCGUCGACGACGCCGGCAAAAGACGGCAAGGCCCCUGUAAUGGGAGACUAUGACCUCUCGACACCGAUCGACUCGAGCGUCGGCCUGCGGCAAGGGCUAACCUCGUACGGGGAUAACCACUUCAGCCUCUUCCUCCGCAAGGUCUUCAUCAAAGCCCUCGGCUACAGCGAGGACGCACUAUCGCGGCCCAUCAUCGGCAUUGUCAACACCUACUCGAGCUUCAACCCCUGCCACGCCAACGUCCCGCAGCUCAUUGAGGCUGUAAAGCGCGGCGUGCAGCUGAGUGGCGGCUUGGCCAUCGACUUUCCGACUAUCAGCGUCCACGAAAGCUUCGCGUCGCCCACGAGCAUGUACCUUCGGAACCUCAUGAGUAUGGACACAGAGGAGAUGAUCAAGGCGCAGCCGUGUGACGCGGUGGUGCUUAUCGGGGGAUGCGACAAGACGACGCCAGCUCAGCUCAUGGGUGGGAUAUCUGCCAACAAGCCCAUUUUGCAUCUUGUUACCGGCCCUAUGAUGCCUGGCAGUCACAAGGGUGUGCGGAUUGGCGCUUGUACCGACUGCCGCAACAAUUGGGCCGCAUACAGAGCCGGUCAAAUCGAUAUCGAGGAAAUCUCCGCCAUCAAUGACGAGCUUGCACCAACGGGCGGCACCUGUGGUGUCAUGGGCACCGCGUCGACUAUGGCGUGCAUCCUCGUUGGCUUGGGAAUGAUGCCGUUCAAGGGCGCCACCGCCCCGGCCGUCUCCUCCGCUAGGUUACGCAUCGCCGAGCAGACCGGAGGCCUUGCCGUUGCCCUUCACAAGCGAAACCUUAAGCCGCAGGAUCUCCUCACCCGCGAGUCGUUCCUCAACGCCAUCAUGGUCCUGCAGGCCAUCGGCGGCUCCACCAACGCUGUCGUCCACAUGAUGGCCAUCAUCGGGCGCCACCCUGCCGUCGCCGGGACCAUCACGCUUGAUACCUUCGACGAGAUCGGCAGGAAGACGCCGCUCCUCGUCGAUCUGAAGCCCAGCGGGCAGAACUACAUGGACGACUUCCACAACUCCGGUGGUAUGCUGGCGCUUCUGCACGAGCUGAAGCACCUGUUAUAUCUGGAUGCCAUGACGGUGACCGGAAAGACGCUGGGCGAGGAGCUCGAGAGCACGCCAUUCACCCCUAUUCCCCGAGAUAGCUUGGUCAACUGCCUACAGCCAUUCAACGAUCCUCUGUUCCCUGCCUCAGCUUUGGCUGUGCUCCGGGGCAACAUCGCCCCGGGCGGUGCCGUGAUGAAGCAGAGUGCGUCCAAGGACCGUCGACUUCUCAAGCACUCAGGUCCCGCGGUCGUUUUUGCAGGCUCGGCAGAUAUGGCCCUCCGUAUCGAUGACCCGGACCUGGAGGUCACCCCCGACAGUGUUUUGGUUCUUCAAAAUAUCGGACCAGUUGGCAAUCCCGGUAUGCCUGAGGCCGGCCUCAUACCUAUUCCCCGGAAACUUGCCUCGCAAGGAGUGCAAGAUAUGCUUCGUCUAUCCGAUGGUAGGAUGAGCGGCACAGCAGGCGGUACCAUAGUGCUGCAUGUUUCCCCUGAGGCGGCCGAUCCCGAGUCGGUCCUGGGCAUUGUCAGAAGUGGUGACAUCAUCACCUGCGACGUCGAGCAACGAAUCAUCAAGGUCGAGAUAUCUGAUGAAGAAAUCCAAAGAAGACUGGCCGAAAGGAAAGAAGUGUUGUUCAAGGAGGAGGAAAGUGGAGGUAGUAACGCGCCUUGGGUGGCAAAGAAGAGGAUUCGUGGCUAUCGGGGACUGUACUUGCGCUCAGUCUUGCAGGCCGAAGGAGGUGCCGACUUUGAUUUCCUCACAGCAGCUGGCCCUUCUUAG